UCAGUCUUUAAAGCGGCCAACCCAGAAGUAUCAUACCUCUCUUUCACCAGAUUUGGUGAGUCAACAGGCUGAGUCUGAUUCAGCAGCGAAAGUUGAUUUUGAUUGGUAUAAAUUUGAAAAUAGAAUAAGGAAAGUUAUCAGUCAAUCGAUCCAGCCUAUUUGGGAAGAAAUGGGAGGAUUCUUGAAAAAGAUUGACAUUGUUAAAGCUAGUAACAAGGAAAUGAGAAACAAGCAAGUUGAUCUAAGUACAAGGAUUGAUCUGUUAAGAGAGAACAUCAACCAAAUCAGGCAGCAGAAAGAUCAGGAAAAUGAACUUACUGAAAAGAAAAUAAUUGAAGAAAAGAAGACUCAAGACAGGAUAAUGAAUAAUAUUCUUGAGCUCCAAGUUAUCAAAGAGAGAAUGGCAAAUUUUCAUGCAGAAUUAAAUUUUGUCAAGAAAACUCAGAAAAAUGCAGAGAAGGCUAAUGAAGAAUGACAAAAAUUCUUGUCAACUCUUAAGUGGGAUAUCAUGGAAUCAGUUAUUGAAGUCAAAGAUGAUCUUAGUAAAUAAAAUAACGUACUGAAGGAAAGAUAUCGAUCAAAACUAUCAGAUAAUAAAUACUCAGAAGUCUUUAAUGAAUGCUUCAAAAGAUUUACUCCAAAAAUACGACUUAACAAUAACCGAGAUCAACUACAAAAUCAAGCAGCUUGAUAAAUAAAUACACUGAUUUAAAAGCUGCAAAUACUCCAAAGUCCUUUUUAUAAGCACUUUGAACACCUUAAACUCAGAAUUACAGCUUUUAAAAUCUCUUCAACACAGUAGCCAGCCUCUGCUGCCUGAUAUGAGGAUUAAGGAUAUCUAUAAGUACACUGGGCCCAUGCUUAGCUGCUCUAAUAUAGAUACUGAGUUUGUGAGAGAUGAAAUCAAGAAACAAGAAAUGCAACAGAGAAAAGUGCUGCUAGAUUAUUUGAAAGGCAUAUUACGUACAGGUAGUUUAAGAGGAGGAAGCUCGUUUAAAUCAAAGCAAAGCAUCAAUUUUAAAAAUAAAGAAAAUAAACUUCGAAAAUUAAAAAGCACAUUCAGUGCUCAAGAUACUGUUAAAGAAGAUAGAAAAUAUUUUUCGCAAAACAGCUACCUUGGAGAUGAAUUUGAAAAUACAAAAAAUCAGUAUGAUCAAUUUGAGGUGUCUACUGUAAAGAAAAUGAAAAAGACAACUCCUAAAAUAAAUGAAAAGCAUGAAUAUAUCAAAAGAGAAACUGCAAUGUCAAGGACUCCAAUUAAUACUUCUAAAAAAUUUAUUUUCCCUGUUGUUGAACAACUUGACCCUGCAUCUCAAAAAUCAAUAAAAUCAGACCCAGAUAAAUUAAACGAGAUUUCUCAAACAGUCGAAAAAUUCUUAGGCGAGAAUACAGGAUCUAUUACUUCUGUUGACAUGACUGAAGAACUCGACGCCAGAAUCGGUCAAGCCUUAACUUCCAAAAUAUCUGACCUUGAACCUCGUCUAAUCAAACUUGAAGAGAUGGUCGAACGCACUUGGGAUGUCUACGAAGACAUGAUUGCGCUAGAGAAGAGACUCUCUGAGAAAGCACAGAUUUAUGACAAGGUGUUUGAUCGGCUUCAAGAGGGUGCUAAGGAGAUGGAUAUGAAGGUGCAAGAGAUAGACCAGAGAGUGAGUAUGGUCAAGGAUACAAGUGAAGGCAAUCACAAGAAGUUAACAGCAAUGGUGGGGAGAUUAGGUAAGGAAGUGCAGGAGAUGCAGGAAAGUGUAGGGAAGAUUGAGGUUGAUAUGAAACUUAAGCAGAAGCAACUGAAAAGUCAUUCUGAGAUAUUAGAGAUUUUAAUUGAGGAUUCUAAACUUCAGAUUUUAAUGUGCGAAUCAGACUCAAAGGAUAGAAAUAAUAUUGGAUUAUAUGGGGUUGAGCAAUCAUCUAAAGCAAAACCAAAAACAUCAACUGCAGUUUCUCCGAUAAAACUAGAUAAAAAUUGAGCAAGUUGAAAUCAAAACCCUCUUCUCCUCACCAAAACAUUUAAACUAGCUUGUCUGCUUUACCAAGAAUCAAAAAUCCAACACAAGGGAAAUUCUUACUCAGUCCAACAAUUCCUCACAUACAGGCUUCAAAACCUAACCUCCCUCAAGCCGCCACCCCAAAAAGUCAAAAUCAACAUCACCAAAAAGCGCCCUACCUCUCCAAUCCCAUCCAAAAUCCCUAAAAUCCCUCGCUUACCCCUCUCUCCAUCCCAUAAAAUCGCUCACAACCAAAGCACAUCUCCUGCCCCUCAAAGGACACUUUUCUCUAACGAAUUGCUCACUUUAUUCUCUCCAAACACUACUUACAACCAAGCUUUACUAUCCCCACCCAGGAGCCCUGUCCAGUUUAAGCCUACUGUUCCUUACCUUCGGAUCAAUAGGGCAGUCAGGCCUGCCCACAGGCACGCCCAGUCCCUCUACGAACAGAAAGGAAAGAAUCAAGUCAAGCAUAAAGGACAUUAAUCUAAGAAGCAAGCAUUUUGAAGGCAAUGGGAAAGACAGAGGAGGAAGAUAAGCCUGUGUAGGGUAAGUAGCUUUUUAUGUGAGCGAAGAUAAAUGAGUACGAUAAGCCUUCA